AUGUACACCCCAACCCUCCUCACGUUCGCCCUCCUCGCCCUCUCCAACCUCACCUCCGUAUCCGCCACCCCACCCGCCUGUCUGCUCGCAGCAAUCAACGUGCAAACCAACCCUUCCGAUCUUAAAUCUCUCUGCGGCACCCUCGAAAAUGCUGUUGUGGGAAAUGUUACUGAGAAAUGUAUGGGGGGUGCUUAUCAGGAGGCGGUGAAAGCUUAUGAAGCAACUUGUUUGGAGGAAGCGGGGGUUACUAUUUCAAUUACAUCCUCAUCCUCCUCCGCAUCAACCACAAAGACAGGCGCGGCAUCCGGCUCAAUCACCGCGACAGCAAGUGGUAGCGGAGCGAAAAUCACCGGAAGCGGAAGCGCAACUGGAACGAGUGGAUCGACUGUGAGCGCAACAGGAAGUGCAUCUAGUGCGAGUGGAACUACGGCUGAAGGUGGUGCUGGAACCUUGAUUAUUCCGGGAUUGUUGGGCUUGGUUGGAUUGGUGGGUGCGGUUUUGUUGUAG